AUGAAGCCUAUUUUACCUCACGAGUUGUGUCAGUUCAUAGGCUUGUUGGUGGCGAGGACGAUUGCGCCCAAUCGCGGAAAGCUUUCCAACCACUGGAAAACCGCUGACGAAGGUGCCAUUUCGCGCGGGUGCUUUGGCACUGUGCUCUCUCGCGACCGCUUCAUGGAGAUCUCUCGAAACCUCUACUUCAAUUCCAAC